AUGCCCGCCUACAACGGCGCACAAAUCAAAGUCCUGGAGGGCUUGGAUGCGGUGCGCAAACGCCCAGGCAUGUACAUCGGCGACACCGGCAAGAAGGGCUACCACCACUGUCUCUGGGAAAUCGUGGACAACUCCAUUGAUGAGCACAUGGGCGGGUUCUGCGGGCGCAUCGACGUGACCCUACACGCUGAUGGCUCAGCGUCUGUUAAGGACGAUGGCCGCGGUAUACCGGUCGAUAUUCACCCGACCCAGGGCAUUUCAGCAGCGACCGUGGUUAUGACCGUCCUGCACGCGGGCGGGAAGUUCGAAAACGAAUCGGGCCAGAGUGCCUACAAGACAUCGGGUGGUCUGCAUGGCGUGGGCGCCUCGGUUGUCAAUGCCUUGUCCGAA